UGCUUCGACGCAGUGUAGAAAUAGUAGUAAAUUUGAACGUGUGUAGUUUGGUUGCUCUUUAGCAAAUACAGUAAAAGAAAUUGUAGAAAGUAUUAAAAUUAGGAUGGGCGACAGAUAUAAUAUCCACAGCCAAUUAGAACAUCUGCAGUCGAAAUACAUCGGUACAGGUCACGCGGACAGUGGAAGAUUUGAAUGGGUGGUAAAUCAUCAUAGAGACAAUGGAGCAUCGUGCAUCGGACAUGUCGAUCUUCUUAACCUAUUUAGCAUUGCAGAAAAUGAAGCAAAAGCAAGAAUAAGAUUUAAUGUAACCGAGAAGAUGCUCCAACCGUGUGGACCUCCUCGUAAAAGGCCAGAAGAUUGAUUUUUAUGUUAACUUUUCCUACUGUAAAUAAACUUUUUCCGUCAAAUUUAAA